AUAACAAAAAUAAAAUAUAAAAAAAGGUUAAAAUUUGAUGAUGAUAGAGUUAUACCUGUAAUAGAUAAAGAAGUCCUCGAAGAUAAUUACGGGGGUGAAGUUCCUAAUGAAAUUGGAACAAAUGUUAAACAAUUUACAAGUGCAUAUAUAUUGGUAUAUAUACGUGAAUCUGAUAUUGACUUUGUACUGUCUCCGGUACUCGAUAAAGAUAUACCAGAACAUUUGCAAAGACGCUUAAAUGAAGAGAAGGCUUUAUAUAAACAGAGAAGAAAAGAAGCUGAAGAGCGUCAUUUAUAUUUGUCCGUUAAGAUUGUUACUCCAUCUACUUUUGAGCGUCAUCAGGGAUUUGAUCUCGCUAAUAUUGACAAUCAACAAUAUCCAAUAUCUGAAGUUUCACAAUUUAAGGUUUUAAAAAGUGAAACAUAUAGGACUUUCAAAGCAAUGGUCGCUCAAAAAAUUGAGAUUCCAUCUGAGAAAAUAGCUCAAAAAAUCGGAAUUCCACAAAUAAAAUUAUGGGUUCUUGUAAAUCGUGUAAAUAAAACUGUCAGGCCAGAUACUCCAAUACCAGACGACUUUCUUGACAUGA